AUGGAAAACGGUGCAGAGAAUGUUUCUGAGAGCGUCUACGUCGCCACAAACGGCACCCACAAGAUCAACGGCGCAUCAGCAACGUCUACGCAGGCCUCAUCGCUCAAGAAUAUCAUCAUCACUGGAGGAGCUGGUUAUAUCGGCUCGCAUACCGUUCUUUCCCUCAUCUUGACGCGCAAGUACCGCGUCGCCUCGAUAGACAAUUUUCACAAUGCGUACCCUGCGUCUCUGGACAGAGUUCAAGAAAUUGCACGUCAAAAUCUGCCGGAAAAUCCGACAGAUGACGAUAUUCUGAGCACUCAGGUGCAGUCCUUCAAGGCCGAUCUCACAAAGGAGGACCAAGUACGCUCAGUCGUGAGCAGUUUUGGUCACGGAGGACUCUGGGGUGUUAUUCACAUUGCGGCGUACAAGGCUGUUGGCGAAUCAAACGAGAUACCGCUUGCAUAUUAUGAAAACAAUGUCAGCGCUACGCUGCUUUUGGCGAAAGUCAUGGAAGAAUACGGCUGCCAUCGGCUUGUCUAUUCCUCCUCUGCUACCGUCUAUGGAAUUCCACCCAUCGUUCCUAUUCCGGAAAUAACCAAAUUGGACGCUAUGAGCCCUUAUGGCCGCUCCAAAGUUAUGUCCGAGACCAUCCUGAGCGAUCUAUGUCGCUCGAAACCUGACACCUGGAAAGUGAUUUCGCUGCGAUACUUCAAUCCGGCGGGCGCCCAUCCAUCUGGCCUGAUAGGUGAAGAACCCCGAGGGCGGCCCGGAAAUCUUCUCCCCUUGCUCGCUCAUAUGGCCGUGGGCAGAAUUAAGGAAGCGACUUUGAAGGUGUUCGGCAACGACUACCCCACACCGGAUGGGGCUUGUGUGCGGGACUAUCUCCACAUUUGUGACCUCGCGGAUGGCCACCUGCUUGCUCUCGAGGCCCUUGAAGACGGUUCCACUGUGUUUGACCACCCAGAUGGUGUCGGAAUCGGUCCGAAGGAGGGCGAAGGAAAGUACCGUGCUUUCAACUUGGGCAAGGGCCAGGGCCUCAGCGUAUUCAAUAUUGUGGAUGCAAUGCGAAAGGCUACUGGGUUCGAUUUCCAGACGGUGAUUGUUGGUCGACGAGCCGGCGAUGUGCCUGAUUUGACGGCUGAUCCGACUCUAGCCAGGAAAAUUCUGGGAUUCGAGGCCAAGCAUGACCUCGAAAGCAUGUGUAGAGAUCUCUGGAACUGGCAGACGAAGAACCCAGAGGGGUACACUACGACUCAGUGA